CCACAGGACCCUGACGGGUCAUCUUGCAGUGCGCGGUGGCAGUGCUGGAUGGAUAAUGCAUUCCAGGGCGGCAAUGUAUGCUCAAGGCAAAUGGGAGAUGGCGGAACAGGAUCCGCAUGCAGCCAACACGUUGCGGGCGGGAGAACAAUGCUACGGUGCCACGAGUGCCUGUCCCACUGUGCUGGAUCUUCCUGGCAUGUGGCCAGGACAGGGGUCCUUCCUCCAGACAUCCAUCCAUCGUCCCACCCACGAUUGCUGUCCUCUCCAACGCCCAGAACAAGUGGGGCCCAGACGACACCUGAGCAUCAAGCUCCAGACACACACACGCUGGUGCUCCAGUGCCGUCACCACGGCUGCUGCUCCACGACAAGGCUGAGUCAUUGGCACUCCCCUAUUCCUCCUUUCAGCCUCAUGGCACAGCCGUCCACUCAGCAGCAGCAGCUGCCCAACCGGCCAGCACGCCUGUCCAGCGCAAAGGGCGCCUUCGCCCUCGCCUCCUCCUCAGGCUCCUCCUCGCCGUCCCCCACGGCUAUCCUCCCGCCCAGCCACACAACCACUGGCCAACACACGUCCAUAUCCGACCAGUCCGACCCUGACGACGACUCUGACGACAACGACCUCCCCCUCCCUUUCCCCGCCGCCCUCGCCAGGAGCGACUUCCUCGCCCCAGACUUCGAUCCGCCGGCCUACCUCUCCCAGCUCGUCGCCACAAACCGCCACCAGACCCUCGAGGACCUGCGCUCCGACCUGCGCGACCGCAGCGCCGCCAUCAGCGUCGAGCUGCUCGAGCUCGUCAACGCAAACUACACGGCCUUCCUGUCCCUUGGGAGCGAGCUCAAGGGCGGCGAGGAGCGCGUCGAAGAUGUCCGCGUGUCUCUGCUCGGCUUCCGGCGCGCGGUGGAGGAGAUCAAAGGCAGAGUGGGCGAGAGGGGCGCCGAGGUGGGCAAGCUGAACGGGGAGUUGUUAGCGGUCAGGAGGGAUAUCGAGCGCGGGAGGAUGAUGGUAGAGCUGGACGAGCGGGUGGCCGAGGUGGAGGGCAGGCUUGCGCUGGGGAGCGAACCUGCUCGACACAGUGGCCAGCAUCACGACGAUGAAGAGGACGAUGAAGAGGACGAUGAUGAUGAUGAUGAGGAGACUGACGACGAUGCGUCUGAGCAAAGACCACCACACGUGCGGCACGCUGGCCAGGGCAGCACGGCGUCGCCUGCAAAGCUAGCACAGCUCGCCAGGGCUUUCGUGGCCAUAGAGGACCUCGCCAACGAGAUUGGCCGGGAUACGCCGUUUGUGCGCAAGAUGGACGAGAGGCUGAUCCGGUGCCGCAACACGAUCCUGCUCGACCUCAACACAGCGCUCAAGGAGGCUCGGCGGGAGGCGAAGACCGAGUCCAAGGGGACUGGUGCCAGGAGGAAGGCGAGUGCGGCCAGGCUGUUGAGGUUGAUGGACAUAUAUGCUACUCUUGACGCGCAGGGCGAGGCUGUCAAGGCGCUGAGGAGUGUAUGACACGCUGCCGUGCAGCGUGUAAAAUGAACAAAAAAAGAUACCCAGUGA